UGUGCAGCGUGGGUCUGAGUCUGUGAUGUAUAUUUCUGUGUAGUUGUAGUUCGGGAUCUCUGGUGUUUUUGGAGGCGUGAUAUCUUGUUUAGAGCACCAGUGAGAGCUUGAGUGGAACACAAGAGUCUCAUCCAGUGUACUAAGCACUUGCCCACAGUGGGUCUGCAGAUCAGAGUGGGAACUGCAGGCACUGAUUGUCGCUCAAAGCCUGGGACUGAUCUGCGAGCUAUGGCCACCUCUCCAUGCAGCAGCAGUGGGGUCUCCUCUUCAUCCUCCUCUGGAUUCAGCAUGGAUACCGGACUGGAAAUCAAAACCAAAUCCGUGGAGCAGACUCUUGUUCCCCUUGUGUCUCAGAUAACAACUCUUAUUAACCAUAAAGAAAAACCAAAGAAAUCGGAAAAGACUCUGCAAGCGAUACAAAGGGUGGGCCAGGCGGUAAACCAAGCCGUGGGGAGGUUUGUGACUGUAGGUGAAACCAUAGCCAAUGAAAACCGUGAACUGAAAGAGGAAAUGAGUUUUGCCUGCAGUGAGGCCAGGCGAGCUGGAGAAACUAUUGCACAACUCACUGACAUGAACAUCGGGGAGAGGACAGAUCCUAAUGGUUGUGUUACCAUUUUCACUGAUAAGACAGGAGUGGUUAAAGCUGCCAGGCUUCUUCUCUCUUCAGUUACCAAGGUUCUGGUGCUGGCAGACAGGAUUGUUGUGAAACAAAUUAUCACCUCCAGAAACAAGGUUCUUGCAACUAUGGAGCACCUUGAGAAAGUAAAUAGCUUUCAGGAAUUUGUGCAGAUAUUCAGUCAAUUUGGAAAUGAAAUGGUUGAAUUUGCGCAUCUUACAGGAGACAGACAAAAUGAUCUGAAAAAUGAGAAGAAAAAAGCAAGUAUGGCAGCAGCCAGAGCAGUGCUUGAAAAAUGCACCAUGAUGUUGCUCACGGCUUCUAAAACUUGUCUAAGACAUCCUGACUGUGAAUCUGCUCGUCUAAAUAAAGAGGGUGUCUUCCAAAGAAUGCGAAUGGCAUUGGAGCAAGUCAUAGAAAUUGUGACAGACUCCCGACCUAAUGGAGAGGCUGAAGUAGCUCCGAUCAGUAUCUAUACAGGCAUCAGAGAGUUCAAGAGUAAAGUUGAAGGACUCAGAGAGAACCUUUAUUUCCUAUCUAAGGAGAAUAUAUCCACGCUGUUGGAGGUUAUUCUGGAACAUACAGAAGACUUCACAGACUCUGCGUAUACCAGCCAUGAAAACAGAGAAAGGAUUUUAGAAUUAUCCAACCAAGCCAAGAUGGACCUAGAACAGCUGGUUUCAGUAUGGAUGCAAGCUCAAACCCAAAAGACAAAGGAUAUUAUUGAAGAUUUAGAAAUAGCCAUCCUGAAAACCUGCCAGUGCAUUAUGGAACUGAAACGAGAACUUCAUAAUGCAGCUACAAUCCUGGCAGCAGACCUUCUAAAAUACCAUGCAGACCACAUGGUCAUGAAAGCACUGAAAAUUGCUGGAGUGGAAGGAAACCUGGAAGUCGUGGCUGAAUAUACCUGCAAGCUAUCUGAACAGAAGGAACAACUUGUUGAAACGUGCAGGUUGUUGAGACAUGUCUCCGGCACAGAACCUCUGGAAAUAACGUGCAUUCAUGCAGAAGACACCUUUCAGGUGACUGGUCCACAGAUUGUAUCAGCAGCGGAAACUCUAGCGCUUCAUCCAAGUAGUAAGAUUGCUAAAGAAAAUUUGGACGUGUUUUGUGAAGCCUGGGAGUCCCAACUAAGCGACAUGUCCAUUUUAUUGAGAGAAAUUAAUGAUGUGUUUGAAGGAAGAAGAGGAGAAAAGCGUGCCUAUCUUUCCCUUCCCAGACCAGGGAAACAUAGUGGAACACUGAAAACAUUAAAGCCUGUGAAGCUUGAUGGGGAGGAGCAGGGGAAAAUUGCCAAGCUGGGACUUGAGCUACGUUUACUUACAUCAGAUGUGGAUUCAGAAACUGAAAAAUGGGAAGAUCAAGAUAAUGAAGUGGUUAGACAUGGGCAGACUAUGUCCAGCAUGGCAUACAGCAUGUAUUUGUUUACCAGGGGAGAAGGGUUGCUCAAGACUACUCAAGAUUUAUUUCACCAAGCUGAGGUUUUCUCCGCUGCUGGGUUGAAGCUUUCCUCUAUUCUCCAUGCCUUUUCUAAUCAGCUUGAAGAUGACGACAAACCUUUACUCCUACUGGAAAUUGAAAAACUUAUCCCACUGAGCCAGCAGCUGCAGAUAACAGCCAGGACGCCUGUGCAGGGUAAAACCGCUACUUUCACAAAGGUUGACACCUGUAUUCAGAAGUCAAAGGUUAUUAUGAUGAUAGUGUCACAAGUCCUUCCAAUUUGCUGCAAGUUAUUACGUAAGUGCAAAUCGGGUAAUGGAUGUUUCCGAUCCCCACAACCAUGGAGGGAAAACCGAAUACAAAAUGUGACAAACGAGGAUAAUUUGGAGGGAAAAUCUGUAGAAGCUUUUGGAGUGAAAUCCUUGGAGCAUCAUGUAGCCAAUCUCACAUUUUUAGAGAGCAAGUAGCAACUGCAAAGAAUGAAAGAUUUCAGUAAAAUGUUAUUGGAUGCAAGCAAAGAAGUUUCUCUUGUAAGGGGAACAACAGACUAUUUAAUACAUUUGUUGAAGUGUUUAUUUUUUUGCCCCGACCUUCUCAUCUUUUUGGAACCAUUGUACAUCAUAAACAAAUUUACUUGUCAGGUUGAAACAUCAUUUGUUAUAAAAUGUGAAUGUUUUGUUCUGUUCAUCAUUAGCAUUGUUAAAUUGUUAUCAAAAGCUCUGUUGUGAAGUUUUUAAUGGAAAUUUUAAUCCAAAGAUGCUGCUACCGUUUGUAUGUGUGCGUUAUGCAAAAACCAAUAAGAAAAAAAUAGCAUUGUUUCAAUAUGCUGCUUUACAAUAUGCCGUCACCAUCUCUCGUUUUUUGUUGUUUUAUCCAAUGUAAAUGUAUCUGUUUACCUUUUAUCAGGGCAGCGUGUUGUGGUGGUCCAAAGUACUCAUCAUCCAAUGUCUUAAAAUGUAUUUUCCAUUUUCACAACAGAAAAACAGCACACUCCCAACAUUUUACCUGUCACUUUUGAAAAGCUUGAAUGAAAAAAAAAUAGUGUUUUUGUAAAUUUGCUGCUGGAAUCUUUAAAUUUUAUUGAAAAAAAAGACGACUUCCGUAAAGAAAUCUAUUUUGCGAUUUAGUUUGGUUAUGUAUAUAAGGAUUACGGAGAUCAUAGAUGGAUCGGUUUUUAAAUCCUUAGCUGCUGGGGAGGCCGGACAUGUGGAAUGUAGAAUCCUCCAGUUUUUCUCUUCACUCCUAUAGAUUUUCAUUGCUUUACUCCAAUUCAUAGGUUUUAAGUUGCAUGUAGUAAAAGUUAUCUUUUCUCAGAAUGUAUACCAUAUUUAAGUUUCAUGAAUAUGUAGUUUUUUUACAUUAACAUUUACAAUGUAAGAUUCUAUUUUUAAAAUAAAAUUCUAAUGAACCUUU